UACGAAGUGGGCGGUGGGGUCGGAGGAGUAGGAUCUGCGGAGGAACGCAGAGAAACUCUUCGGCUUUGGGUGGUUGGUACCGAUCUUGGCCACCAAGCCUCCCAGGGGACGGCGCAUAAUGGGAAUUGGAAGAGCUGUAAGGACCACAGCCUGUGCUGCGGGCCAGAUCGCUUAACGCGCGAGGUGCGAUACACAGAGGGGCACAGUCUCGGAAAGACUGGGAAUUCUGGGAAGGACGGUGGCCUAGGGCUGGGCUCGCGAUUUUAAAAAACGACCGCCUGUAGUUGGGAUAGGCCAAACCUUCGAGAUAGAGAUGACUGCAUCUGGCUCCUUUCUUCCAAGGCUGGCAGAAGGGAAGAUGAGCCUGCUGUGGUCAAAAUUCGUAUGAUCCGGACAGUGCCGUGAAGGAAAUGCGUGCAGCCCCAGCACUUUGAGAUGGCAUUAAAAACCAAGAAGAGCUUGAAAGGCUCCAUUGAUAACGUCCUUGGUGACCUCCUAGGUGAAGACACAGUACUCCCUGAGAAGCCUGUUGAACCAGUUCCUUACAAUAGAGAUGCCCCAGGUGUGCCUCAGAAGCUUGCUUCUUCAAAGCCUAGAGGAAGGUCCUUCCAGGAAGAUGAAGACGUCAACACUCUGGGAGGCGUGGCAGGAGGUGACGCUGAGGUUUCCGACAUCUCAGAUCCAGACCCACAGGACUUGCUACAGGCCAUAAAGGAUCUGGACGACAUGGAUGCUGAUCUCUUUGGUUUGAAGAAAUCUCCAGCCUCUGACAGAAGAGCAGCCAAGGGUUCUAGGAAGGAAGAGCUGCCCCACAAUCCCAAACCUGCUGGCAAGUUAGCAGUCAGGGAGCAAGACCUGAAAGACCCAUUAGCAAGACUUCUCUCUGAUGAUGAGGAAGGAAUCGUCAAGAAUCCUCCAGUGACAGAGAGUAAAACAGCUUCCGAUAAGAACCCCAGCACAGUCAGAGAUCCAGGUAUGACUGUUCCUCUAACUCCUGGGGACACCCCCAUCCGAAAGAAAGAUGAAUUGCUAUUUGAUGACGGGGAUGACAUCAUGGCCACCCUGGGGUUUGGAGACAGCCCCAGCACAGAGAGGAGGCAGACGGGAGACCAGGAAGGGCCCUGGUCUGCUCGCUCCAAGUUGGAUGAGCUUCUGGGUCGAGGCACAGCCACCAAACUCCUAGCCCGCCCAGGAACUGGGGAACACAGGGAGUUCAAGCUAGACAAGAAGUACCAGAGGUCACAGGACAAAGAAGACAGCUGGGAUGAUGAAGUCCUCACCUUUGGGGCCUACCAGCCCACCCUGGGCUCCUCUGAGGGCCGGCAGUCCCGCCGACAGUCUGUCAGCAGGUUCUUACCAGAAGGUGGCUCAGACCCCAAGGGAGAGCUGGGCUCCAAGUGGAGCCCUUCAGCCGCUUCUAGCCCCAUCCACCCCAGAAGGGGAGGAGCUGAGUGGUUGGGCCUUAAGGAUGAAGACUUGGACCUGCUGCCUCCCUGUCCCACCCAAGAGGCCCAAGGAGGAGACUUGGUGAUCUGUACACCUCCCGUGAGCCAGCGUGCGACCCCAUGCCUGCAGCCUGAUCCUCCUCAGCGGCUCUCCUCAGGGACAAAGCUACCAGCUGAGGGUGCCAUGUCCCCUGUCAAAUCCAGCCAAGCUGCCAAGCUGGAAGCAUCCAAAGAGGAAGAGGAAGAGGAAGAGGACUGGCUGAGCCAUGUCUUAUCUCAGAAGAAGUCCCAGGGUCUGGCCAGAGCGGAGCGCACUGGGGCCUAUAAGACCAUAGCAGGCUCUGCCCCUUCUGGCAGCCAACUUGGUGCCAGCAUUCAGGAACUCGAGCAGGCAGCUGCUACAAGGACCUUAGGAGGAGCAGCAGCGCAAGAAGCACUGGCCACCAGGCCUGAUGCUGCAGGGUCCCCCACAAGUUACAGCCAGCCUGCCUUGGCCCUCUCUGCGGGUGACCUCAAGAGGAGAGCAGCCUCUGGAGAUCCUUUUUACGAUGAGCCUGCAUCUCAUUUCCCAAGCUCCCAGGAACCCCCAGGGCUCCCUGUGCCUGUCCAGUCUGUGGUCCCAGAGUCUCUAGUGCAAAAUCUGCUGCCUAGUACAGGAUACCACAAGCCAUUCUUGGCAGCCCAGGCACAGCUUCAGAGCAACACUGGCCCGUUGCAGGCUGAGCUGCUACAGAGCCAGGCCCAGCUGGCAGAGCUGGAGACCCAGGUGCGGAAGCUGGAGCUGGAGCGGGCCCAGCACAAGAUGCUGCUCCAGAGUUUGCAGCAGCAGCACCAGGCAGACCUGGAGCUCAUCGAGAGUGCACACAGAAGCCGCAUCAAGAUGCUAGAGUCAUCAUAUCAGCAACGGGAGGAGCGGCUCCGGAGAGAGAAUGAGGAACUAUCAGCUCGGUAUCUGUCACACUGCUGUGAGGCUGAGCAAGCCCGAGCUGAGCUCACAGCCCAGCACCAGCGCCAAUUGGCAGCGGCUGAGCACGAAAAAGACCAGCAUAUGGAGCGACUCCGGGACCUGCAGUGGGCGUCCAUCCUGGAGAUGCGCAAAGACCAUGAUGAGCAGCUGCAGCGGCUGAAGCUGCUGAAGGACCAAGAGAUUGAUGCCGUCACCAGUGCCACCUCCCACACACGGUCCCUGAAUGGCAUCAUCGAGCAGAUGGAGAAGUUCUCCAGCAGCCUGAACGUGCUGGCCUCCCGCGUGGAAGCCUCGCAUCUCACUAUGGCGCAGGAGCGGGAGCUGGGCGUCCGGCAGCAGGACAAGCAGCUGCGAGUGCUACAGGAGCGGCUGGGCCAGCAGCAGCGGGACAUGGAGGAAGAGCGUGGCCGUCUGCAGGAGGUCAUCGGGAAGAUGGAGGCACACCUGAGUGAGCAGAGCCGGCUCCUAGAGCAGGAACGCUGGCGAGUGAACGCGGAGCGGUCCAAGGCAGAGUCCAUGCAGCGUGCCCUGGAGGAGCAGAGGAAGGUGAUGGUCCAGCAGAUCACCAUGGAGAGGGAGGAGCUGGAAAGGGUCAAGAGUGCCUUGCUGGAGGAGCAGAAGUCAGUCAUGCAUAAGUGUGGGGAGGAGCAGCGGCGCCUAGCCGUGGAGUGGGCAGAGUUCUCCACGCAGCAGAAGCUGAGUAAAGAGCGAGCAGAGCGUGAGAUGGAACGAGCACUGCAGGUGGACACCCAGCGGGAGGGCACCAUCAUCAGCCUGGCCAAGGAGCGGGCAGAACUGAAGGUCAGGGCCAGCGAACUCCGGGUCAAGGAGAAGCAGUUGGCAACUGAGAGGGAAGCGGUGGAGCGGGAGCGGCAAGAGCUGCAGCUGGAGAAGGAGAAUGUUAAGGCCACAGCCCUGAGCCUGCAGCUGCGAGCUGAGGAAGUGGAGCACUUGAGCGAGGUGGCCUCCAAGAAGUACAAGGAAGGCGAGCUUGCACUGCACAAGGCCCGACAGAUGCAGUCCGAGCAGCAGGCCAGGCUGCAGGUCCUGCAGAGGCAGCAGGAGCGGCUUCGGCAGCAGGAAGAGCAUGUGCACCAGGAACACCUGAGUCUGGCCCAGCAGAGGCUACAGCUCGACCAUGUGCGACAGGACCUGCCUUGCUGCCCCUCAGAGCUUUCUCCCAGGGCCCAGGGCCCAGCGCACUCCAGCCUUCGUGCUUCCUCCACCUACGUGGCUCCUGCCCUCUCUUCCCAUCAGCACAGCCAGCUCUUGGCCAGCCCUGGCCCUGCACACCUUCUUGCCAAGCUGGUCCUGCUGAAACACACAGCGGAGCAGGACCGGGACUUCCUGGAGAAUGAACAGUUCUUCCUGGAGGCUCUGAAGAAGGCACCCUACAAUCUGCCCUCCCACUCGGCCUAAGAUUGGCAGCUAUGCCCUCAGUGCGGUGCGAAGACCCAGCAGCUCCCACAAACCCCCAGCUCUCAGUGAGGUGUGCACUAAGGCUGGCACUGCCCAGGCACUUACAGGGCUUCACAGAGACAGGGUGCCAGCGUAUUGUCCACAAGAGCUGCAGCUCAUGCCUCAGACUCAGGGGUGGGGCAGGAGGCCAGGCAAUCUAGGGGUCCAAGGAGGCAGGGCCCCCCAGCCCGACAGCUGUACACCCUGCCCUGAUCUGCAGUGGGUCUCUGUGCCUGGGCCUCAUCCAUGGUGGGGCCUUUUCUCCAGGGAUGCUGUAGGCAGACUUCCAUCCCUACCCAGCAGGGACACAGAAUAGCCUUCUGGGUGGCCUGGUGGGGACAGGGAAGGUGCUAUGCCCAACCAGAGUCCUCUACACAGUGUGCUGGAUUCCUGGGAUUCAGUCCCUCAAACUCGCUUCUCUCCCUGGUUACACAAGGUCCACCCCUCAUUUCCACACUGCCCAAGUCGCCACCUGGGCUCCACCAUCAUCCACGCACCAUCAGGGAAGGGAGCAGAGCUAUGGGCAGUGGUGAGUGUGGGAGGGACAGAGCAGGAAGCCAGCCCCAGCCUCUGUCCCAGGCGGGAGGAAGGUAGUGAUGGGAACCUGUGAGGGGCCACUGACACCCAGGCUGCUGUUGGUUGCGUGCCUUUGCCAUCUGCCAUGUGCAGGCUCUGUGCCAAGUCCAGUAGAGAGCGGUUGGGAAAGGGGGCAGGGGGCUAGUGAGCAGGAGGACAGAAGAGAAGUGCCCUGUGGGUGGGAUAGAAGUGGCACCAUUUGUAUCUCUGCCCUUCAGAAGAGCUCUCCGAGGGACCUUAUUUAUUUGCCAACAGUUCACAGCUCUGGUGUCCGAUAUAUUAAACUGCUAUAUUCUUUUUGUAUUCCCGUUUUUUGGUUUUGUUUUGUUUUUGUGGUGCUGGAGAUCAAACCCUAGGCCUUGUGUGUGCUGGGCAAGUGCUCUGCCACGGCGCUGUCCCCAGCCCCUCACUGAAGAGCUUUGCAAACCACAUUUGCAUUUAUGAAAACCCACUGUGGCUGGAGGGUGGGGACAGAGGAAGGAUUAGAAGAUUGUUUGCAAGGGACAAAAGGCGGGACUAUCCCCAGCACAGUGGUGAGCUGUCACACAAAAGUGCUCCCUCGGCACCCAGUGCUGGACAUGGGUCAGAAAGGAAGAUGCUUGGGAUGGGGAUUUAGCUCAGGGGCAUAAAGCCCCUGCCUUGCAACCGUGUGGUCAUGAUUUGGAUCCUUGUUACUGAUUUAAAAAAAAAAAGGAAGAAAGAUGCAUGACAAGGUAGGAAGGGUCAAGGAGGACCCACAGCUGUGUGGCUGCAUAGUGUUGCUACCAGUGAGGAGCUACUGCCCGUAGGACGGCCAAGCAGAGACAUCCCACUGAUACUUGGUGAUGACACUUUCCUUAUCUCUGUCACCACGGGCACUAAGAUGUGACAGGAAGCCCGAUUAUCCCCUUACAUUGCCUCUCUCCAGACUGGAUACCUGCUUUUUCUCCUUAAAAAUUGUAACAACUCACGGUCAUGCUUCUUUCAGUUACUUUCAGAGCAAUCUUAGUAGAAAGUAAUAAAGAAAACAUUGGUACCCAG